AAAGCCCUAAAUCCCCUGACCGACUCCCUCUCUUCUCAACCCUUUUCACCGAUCUCAUCCAUUCUCCUCCGCCGAGCGCUCUCCGUCGUCGCGAUGGGGGGAGUCGCUGCUGAUGCGGGCGUUGAGCAAGCGGCGGACGUGGGUCUUCCUCUUCCUCGUCGUCUACUCCCUCCUCCUCUCCUCCUCCUGGAACCUCCUCCUCUCCAUCCGCUCCUGGUACAACUCGGCGGCCGCCUCCACCUCCUCCCGCGCCGCCGCCGGCUGGAAGGCCCUCUACGCCUCCGUGCUCUACGGAGGGGUCUUCGGCCUGCUCUCCAUGGGGGCGGCGUUGGCCGUGGCGGUGCCGGCCACGUUGGUCACCUGGAUCACGAUCCUCGUGCUGCUCGCCUUCGCCGGAAAGCCCCGACGGGCGCUCGUCGCCGACGGCCGUCGGAUCACCGCCGACAUCGCCGGUUUCGCGCUCAAGAUCCUCCUCCGAGAGGGAAACCUCGUCGCCGUCGUCGGCGCCGUCCUCAGCUUCGUUGCCCUCCUCCUCCGACGGAGACGAGGCGGAGCUGAGGACCAAGGUUUUUGUUCUAUCAUUGCAUCUCCAGAGUCUUUCAGAAUAUUUCGUCUAAAUCAUUACAUUUUUUUUUUCAUAAUCUAUAAAAUUUGGAUUUAUAGCUGUACCUUGUCUAUUUUGUGUUAAUGCUUUUUGGUGGAUAGCUAUAUUCUUCUUUAAUUCCUGGGAUUUUCUUCAUUUACUUCUUGCUGUUGUCACUAGAAUCCGAGGAUAAAGUAUGGCCUUGGAUGUCUCUCAUCUAAUUCUAUGUAAUUCUCUUUUUCUUGGAGUUAACCUUUUCUUUUGUUGCUUUUGAUUGACCGAAAUUGGUCCAUUGCAUUGUUAUUGCUUGAAGGUCUUUCCUCUGCUCUUUUGGUGUGCUUUUGAGGUUUAAU